AUGGAUAGUUUGGACUAUAGUAAUGACCUUAUUGCUUAUUGUAAGAUAUGUUGUCAGAUUCAUGAUAUUGAGUUGAGUGCAAUUGAGCAGUUUCGGUUGCAAGAUCGUGUUGAGUCGAUGAUCAAUACUCUCAAGGUUGUUGAAAACGCAGAGAAAAAGUAUGCACAAGUAACCAAGAAAUUACAACAGGAGAAACGCGUGGUACAGCACAAGCCAAUGAGUUCUGAUAUGUCCAGUAAGAAAUACAAUCAGUUGAUGAUUAGGUACAACAUGUCUCAUGCUGACAAUAAGAGCUUAGAAAAGAACUAUCAAGAUUUGAAGCAGAGAUACGACAUUCUGAUGAAGAAGAAGAAAGGAGAGAGGUUCCAGCAAAUUUCGAACUUUUCCACGACUCCAUAUCUUCCUAAGCUACGGAACAUGACAUUCAAGUCUCCUGAUGGUAGGAGUCCACUGAGAACACCGAUCUUUGGAAGGAGUCCGUCAAGGAGUCCGUCAAGACGUGUGUCCAUGAGUCCAAUCAAGAGCCCUUCCAGAUUUCCAUCUAGAAUAAAUCCUCCUCCUCUUAAUUCAAAAAUGCUGCAAUCUACGCCGAGGAUGGAAGGAUCAACUACAACUCCUUCACCUUCGGCCAGGAAAUUACUCUCUACACUUUCCAAUAAGCAUCUAAGGAUGCUAGAGUCGCCGUCAAAACAACCAGUUGGGAAGGAUGACGAUGAUUUCAGUUUUUCUAGAGUCAAUAAGAGUACAGUGAACAAAAUCAGAGGCAGUUCAAAUACUUUUAGUACACCUCAUGGGACCAGAAAGGUUCUUCUGAGAAGAACAUUACCGAUAUCGGAAGAAUAUGAUGUGUCUCCUACAGGCAAACGAAGUAGGGAAGAGAACGAAGCUACCAAGACACUCAGUAAAGUACAAAUCAUAAGGGGAGGACAGAGAGUCACGGGGUCAAUUAGCCCUCUAAAGACUCGCAACAAUAAGCUUCGGGAUACAAUAUUGAAGGAUGUAAAUGUCAAUUAA